CCUCCAGCUGGGCCUGAGGCAUCUGAAUCAACAACGGAUGAAAACGAAGAUGACAUUCAGUUUGUUAGUGAAGGACUGUCCAGACCUGUUCUUGAAUACAUUGAUCUAGUUCGUGGUGAUGAUGAAGAGCCUAACAUGCAUCAUAGUGAUGUAAGCACAUCCUAUUUCUGUUUUCAGUUCUUCCAGUAAGUGUAAUAAUAGAGUGCUGGAGGUCCUUGAACUGUGUUAUAGAUUUUCUGAAUUUUGUGAGUUGACUAUAAAAAAUUAAAGUACAUAAAUAUAUGGUACAUAUGUUAUCAUUACAUUUAAGCUAACACUCAAACUCAUCCUAACAUCUGUAUACUUGACAUUAUUUGCAUCCGUUGUAUCUGUUGGGUAGAAAUGCCACACUAGGUAGUUUGCUGGUGCAAUUAAAAGGGAGUAUUUACCUCAUGGUAUUUGGUAAAAUACAAAUCAGGGCUCCAUUUGUUAUUUGUCGGUGGUCUAAACUCAAAAGGAUAAAAUGGUAAUACAGAUUAAACUUCAAAAUAUGAUGUGACUCAACUGCUAAAAUGUGUGUAGCACAACAAACUGAGGAAAUUGCCUUGUGACAUUGAAAAACUCUUUAAUUCAGCAAAGAUUUGAUGUCAUCACUGAAAAAUGAAUGGAACUCUAAUGUACAUCUUUGUUUCACUUUUGUCUUUCUCAUUCGUGUAAAUGAAAAUACCACCCACUCUUCAUGUUGGAAUUACACUCAUUUGCAAAUCAUAUUACCUGUGUUUCUGACUGAAUUGGAUCAUAAUGAAACAUUCGUAGUCAGAUUUUGUGAUACUAUGUUGGCUGUAGAAUUUUAAAAUCUGAUAGUGGAUUUUUCAAGAAAUAGCAAGUGACAUUGAAGUUAUAGGUAAAACUGAACAUCCAGGUUCUUUUCCCUAAAAUGCCAAAACGACAGGGUGACAUCUUGCACUUUUUAAAUGUGAAGAAGGCUAAAAUAGACACAGAAAGUAAUGAUAGGAACAAAAAUCAGUGUGGAUUGCCUAAGUCAAAGGAACCAAAUUUAGAAUAUAUUGAACAACCAGUCAUUGAACAAAAGCCGUCAUGUUCAUCAAAGGAAGAAAUAGAUAAUCUUAUGCUUCCAGAUUGUUGGAAUGAAAAACAAGCAUUUAUGUUUACAGAACAGUAUAAGUGGCUUGAAAUAAAAGAAGGUAAAUUAGGAUGUAAGGAUUGUUCAACAGUUCGGCAUUUAGGAUCGAAAGCAGAAAAGCAUGUCCAUGUUUCCAAGGAAUGGAUUGCAUAUUUAGUAACCCCUAAUGGCAGUAAUAAAACUACCAGGCAAGCUUCUCUGCGGAAAAAAAUUAGGGAGCAUGAUAUAUCUAAAGCUCAUGGUAAAAUUCAAGAUUUAUUAAAGGAAUCAGUUAAUGAUUCAAUUUCUAAUAUAGUACCUAAGCAAAAUAAUAAAAAUAUUGAUGCUACUGUAAAAGUUUUCAAUACUGUUUACAGUUUAGUAAAACAUAAUAGACCUUUAUCAGAUAUUGAGGAGGCAACAGAAUUACAGGAGAAAAAAGGAGAGGUCAAUUGUUUAAAUACCCGUUACAAUGCAACAAGAAUAGCAGAACAUAUUGCAAAAGAAAUGAAGAUGAAGAUAUUUAAGAAUAUUAUUGAAGAGAAUGCCAAAAUCUGUAUCAUGAUCGAUGAGGCAUCUACAGUUUCAAAGAAAAGCACCCUUGUGAUUUAUCUCCAGUGUGCAAUUCAGUCAGCUCCUGCACCUGUUACAUUAUUUGUUGCUUUAAAAGAAUUAGUGUCAACUACAGCAGAGUACAUUUUAAAUACAUUAUUGAUGACAUUAAAUGAUUAUGGCUUUACAAAUGAAUAUUUGAAAGCAAAUUUGAUUGCAUUUUGUUCUGAUGGUGCUAACCUGAUGCUGGGAAGAAAGUCUGGUAUAGCUACAAAAUUGUUAGAAAAAUUUCCUGAAAUCAUUAUGUGGAACUGUUUAAACCAUCGAUUGCAAUUGUCUCUUGAUGAUUCAAUAUCUGAAAUAAAACAAGUUAAUCAUUUUAAGAUAUUUCUUGAUAAAAUUUAUUCUCUUUAUCACCAGUCUAAUACAAAUCAAACCAAGCUAUUAGGAUCUGUAGCUAAAGACCUUGAAAUUGAAAUUAUUAAAAUUGGUCGGGUAAUGGGACCAAGAUGGGCGGCAUGUAGUUUACAAGCUGCGACUGCUGUAUGGCAUGCAUAUCCUGUAUUAUAUAUGCAUUUUUCUCAUUCUUACUCUGGUUUGGCAGAGAGGCUAGCUAAUACUCAUUUCUUACAAGACCUUGCUUUGAUGAUUGACAUUCUCGAAGAAUUUUCACUGCUUUCAACUGCAUUACAAUCAAGAUCAACUAAUAUUCAGAAAGCACAAAAAUUGAUAAAACGAACCAUAAGAGCUUUGGAAAAUUUAAAAAUUGGUACUGGAAAGUAUGAAGCUCAGGUUGAAGAUUUGAUUAAGUCAGAGAAGUUUAGAGAGAUUCCAUUUAAUAAGAAUAACAAAUUUAAUUCUCUUCCUAGGAAUAUGUUACUAGAAAAUAUAAUUCAAAACAUGAACUUACGUCUUUUAUCUGAUAGAAACCAUGAUGAAAGUAUUUUUAAUUAUUUUGAUUUGUUAGAACCUUCCACAUGGCCUUAUGAAGAAAUAACUUUACCAUGGACAGCUGGUGAAAAAAAAUUAUUUCAUUUGUGUGAAAUUUUAAAAUAUAAAAUUGAUUUGAAUGAUUUUCGGGAAUUUAUAAAUAAUAAUAUAAAGUCAAAUAAUGUUUCGAUUCCUACAACUAUACAAAAAGCUAAGAAGAUAGUUAGCACCAUUGCAGUCAAUAAUGCUGAAGCUGAAAGAGGUUUCAGUUUGAUGAAUAUAAUUUGUACAAGGGUGAGAAAUAGUUUAACAGUAGAUCAUAUAUCAGAUCUAAUGACAAUAAAUUUAUUGGGGAAGGAAUUAGCAGAUUGGGAUGCAACUCCAUUUGUAAAAUCUUGGUCAAAUUUCAAUCAUAGAUUGGCUGCAGAUACAAGAGUUCGGCAAAAAUCAACAAAAAUCUUCUAUGAGAAUCAGCUGGCUAUAAGAAACUUACAGUAAAAAAUAUCGUAUACAUUUUCAUCAUUUGUAAGUUUUGUGCCACACAUCCUUUACGUACAAUAACAAGUUUUUUUGAAAGCCAGUUAAACUAGUAUCAGCAUGUUGCUAUUUAAAAGACAUUGUCUAAAGAGAUAAAGCUGAUGAUAAUUGUUUUUAAGAACUAUAGAUUUUUAGAGAUUGACCCAUGUCUGCUAGAAUGUGUCAUUAUAUAUUCCAAGAAGUCUUAUACAGAACUUCCAACCAUUUACACUUUUGCACUGUUUUACAAAAUACAAAAAUAAUAAAGUGACUCACAUCUAAGUUCUAAACCUUCAAGGUUAUAUCAAAUAAAAGAGAAAUGGAAUAAAAACUAAGCCUUUUGGCUCUGAUCUUUCUAAUUUUCAUAUCCUCACUAUCCAGUAUUGUAGCCACUAGCUAGCUACAUGUGGCUAUUAAGCACUUGAAAUUUCAUUAGGACUAAGAAAGCAAAAAAUUAUUUAAUUUUAAUGAUGUAAAAACAAGCAAUAUAAACUUUCUCUGCAUAACUUUUUUUGGAACACAUUUGCCUUUGUUACCUUGCAUAAAAUAUGAUUGUAGUAUGCUUGUCAAACUUCUGUGUCAUUUCUAAUAUUACAUAUAAACAUAUCACUAAUUAAAUCUUCGUUAACAGAUGGAUCAAUGCAAAUUAUUUUUUCUAUGAAUUGAUGAAACAUUAUAGCAUGUUUUCCUAAAUGUUUUAUGCAGACCACAGGAGUUAUAGUGAUAACUAUGUAAAUCAAUUACUGAUUAAAUUUAAAUGCUUAUUUUAAUUAUAAUUUUCCAGUUUACACAUGAACAAAUUUUAAAAUUUAAAACAAAGACAUACUUAAAAAGAACAAGUAGAGAUGGAAAAGCUAGUACAUCGUUAACAGUUAACAGAAAGAAACUAGAAGAAAGUAUAUUGCAGAUUUCAUGAUGAAUGGCAAUUGCAGUCUGCUGUGGCAGAAAAGCAAGCUGAUAACAAAUAAAAAAUUAGAUAUUGAAUGUAUUAAUAUCUAAUUUGUAUUUAGCAAGUACAGAAUGAAUUGGAUAAAUUACCUAAGGUCAAAAAAGAAUCAAACUAGCACAUUGUAUCCCCACAAAUAUGUACUCCUAUGUGUCAAUUAAAAAUAAAAUUAGUCACCUGAAAUCAGAAUUAAAUGUCUUAACAAAUUUUUAACAAUUUUUAUAGGAUCUGAGUUUUUAAGUUUGGCCUGAUAAGUUU